GGGGUGGCGCGGGCGGGCUGCGUGGAGGGGUGCGCCGAUCCGCGCGACGCGCCAGUCUCGUGCCGGUAGUCGGUAGUGCAGCCGAGCGACUCCGGGAGCCGUCCCCGCCGCGCCGUCGCUCGUUCGUAGUCGUAGUGCGCCCACCGGCGCCUGAGCCCAUGGAAACCCAGAACCAGGACGUGGCGCGAAGCCCCGCUGAGGUGCCCAACGACCCCGGGAAGAUGUUCGUCGGAGGCCUCAGCUGGCAGACUAGUCCAGAAAGCCUCCGAGACUACUUUAACAAAUUCGGCGAAAUCACAGAAGUUAUGGUUAUGAAAGAUCCAACAACGAGGCGAUCGAGGGGCUUUGGCUUUAUCACAUUCAGCGACCCAGCAAGCGUAGACAAAGUAUUAGCUCAAACAACACACGAAUUAGAUGGCAAAAAGAUUGACCCCAAAGUGGCCUUUCCCAGAAGAGCACAUCCAAAGAUGGUGACCAGGACAAAGAAAAUCUUCGUAGGAGGGCUUUCCGCACCCACAACGCUUGAAGACGUAAAAAAUUACUUCGAACAGUUUGGACCGAUUGAAGACGCCAUGUUAAUGUUCGAUAAACAAACCAAUAGGCACAGAGGUUUCGGUUUCGUCACAUUUCAAAGUGAAGACAUAGUAGAUAAAGUGUGCGAAAUUCAUUUUCACGAAAUCAACAACAAAAUGGUGGAAUGCAAAAAAGCACAGCCUAAAGAAGUCAUGCUCCCAGCGAAUUUGGCAAAGACGAGAGCCGCCGGACGCGGCGCGUACGAUUUCAUGUGGUCAUUGGGUGCGCUUCCUGACGGUUUUCCCGCAGCGUACGCCGCCUACGCGGCUGGCCGUAGUUAUUCGGGCUAUCCUAGCUUCGGGCUGCCAUAUCCAGCAGUUGACCUGACGAACGGGCAACUGACACCCAACAACAACACACCGCUGCUCGCGCAAGCGCUUUCAGUGAUGAACAACUAUCAAGCAGCAGCAGCCGGGUUCGGGCCACCGGCGUCGCCGCACGCAGCCGGCGGCCGGGCCGGCUUUCCUGCAGCCAGCUCGCCAGGUCCCGCGCUCGACGUGUACGGCUCGGCAGCAGACAGCGUGGGCUACGUGCAGGCGGCCAGCCCCCAGCCCUCUGGAUUCCCCGCGAUCGCAGUCAGCCGCGCGCCCCUCAAUUACACACCAGGGCCCCUGAUUCCUGCGGCUUUUACCAACGGUUAUCAUUGAAAGUGUUAUAGCACAAAUAUUUUACGUGGCGAGCGGUGUGGCGGCGCGUAGCGUCCAAAGCGCAGGCCAGCCGCCGCGCGACACGCAACCCCCUCCAGCGCCCCGCCACCCGCGCCGCGCCGCACCGGCCCGCAACGUCGCGCCGCGACAAGCUGCACCAACCAGCACGACGCCACAUCGGUCCGCAACAUCGCGAUGCGACAGGCUGCACCAACAAGCGCGACACACGCGCCCGUCCGUCCGGCCUCACGCGGACCGCUCUGACGCCCGCGGCGUCUCAAUCUCGCACCGUAACCUCCUCCCGAUAUCCCCAUCCCACACACCCUCUUUACCCUCCACCAACCCCAUCUAUUGUAAAUAACGAUAAUCUACUUUUUGUCGUGUGAACGAGAGAUAGUCUAUCGAUUGAACAGGUAUUUUUUCAAAUUUUUCUCGCUUCGACUGUACCGUAGAUGUGUUGUCAGAGUAAUAAACAAUUAAACUACAAAAAAAAAUACAUUUCAUAAUUAUAUAAAGAUGCAUCUAGACGAUUUUAUUGCAGGGAGGUAUAUCUUACAUAUUUUAUUAUUCAUACUAGAUAAACUACAGUUUAAGGUGUAAUAUGUGUCUCUUACGCGCGCGGAAGUAAACUUACGAUGAAAAAAAAUUCGUAGUAGGUAUAAAUAGUAAUAACAGCCGUGCGCGUUUGCAUUGUAUAAUGUUUAAAAUAGCAAGCUUUUCAUAUAAUUUUAUAUCCAAACGAAUGGGCAUUAGUGUUUGAGACGUAUUCGCAAUAAGCUUGUCCGGCCCUUUUGUACAGAGUUGAGUUGAUCGGUAGCGGCACACGUUGGUAGCGGUCGCGUGCGACAUGCCGCAUGCGGCAAGCGACGGCUGGAGACCGGAGACAAUAACGCGCUGUGCGACAAACGUCCGCGCGCCUCCUCGCUCGUCCACCAACACAUAUUUUAUUCUAUCUAUUUUUAAUAUUAAUGUCAAAUAUUAACAUAAUUAUUAUACUACUAUAUAUUAUGCAUAUUUUACCUAUGAAUGUAAUUAUUUUCGCCUAAUUCGAAUUGUAUAAAAUCACCUCUUUGAACGGCUGUUCUGUUUCAGUAGCUAACAAGUUUCUCGAUUACUUCCGUAUAAGACUAUGUUAGUUACGCGUAUACAUACUUUCUAAUAAUUAUGUAUUAUGAUAUAAAAUUUUAUCCUAAGGAUAACAUGAUCAUGUUUACGAUUCAUAGGGACGUUUGGACAGCUAAGUCGGAACAUUUCAGAAUAUCUCUCAUCGCGUUAAGAUAAUAAAUUCGUUUCUAUCUUGUACCUUUAAACGUAGGUAUUGUAAUUAUAAUAAUAACGAUUUUGUGCAUUACGUAAUAAAUAUUUCAUUGUUUCUAACGAUUGUAUUUACUGUAAUGUAAGACCACUGUUGAGAUAUUACAAGUCUCCAGAAAGGAGCCACACCGAACUUAGUCGUAUUUAAAAUUUUUAACAAUAACUCUUAACAGUUAACUUUCGUACAGACGGUAUAGUUACACGACACAAACAUUUCAAUAAAAUAAAGACAGGGAUAAUAAAAAUUACAGCCAAAGGCGCAGGUUUGAGGUAAUAGAUUAAAAUAUGAAGUCAAUUCAUUAAUCAUAUUCGUUAGGUACUGUUUGACAUUCGUAUCGACCACUGCAUCGGCAGCCGCGGACUCGCGCCGCCGCUUGCUAUCACGUGCACUCAGUUGCAUUCAUUCGUUAUUUACUAUUAUUAUUAAUCAUUACCUACAUCAAUUAAACAUUAAUAUUAUAAAUCUAGGUAUAAAAUUUUAGGUAAUAAUAAUAAUAAACAAUCUUUUAAAUGCUAUUAUUAUAUAAAUACGUUAUAAAUAUAAAUGUUUCCUGUUACAAAAAAAAAUAUUGAAAAUGAUACGAAAUAAAUCAAUAUUCUUUUUAAAGGUAAUUUAUUACUUAUGAGUAUGUAGUUAAUUGAAUAAUGGAGUGUUAGAUAGAGUGCGCUCGUCGCCGGGCGGCGCGCUCGCUUCGCGUUUUUUGUUCGUUCGUGCCGAGUUCGUUCGCUGAGAAGGUCACGUGCGGCAGGCCGGGACCGCACGCCGGGCCGAGCCGAGACAAGCUGUGCCGCGCCGCGCCGCACACACCGCAGGAGACGCGACCGCGAUUAUGUUGUUAAAAACGUUAGCUAGGAAAUUGAUAAUGAAAUCGAAUGGUGUGAGUCUAUAGGACGGUCGGAAUAUCGAUAUCAUACCUAACAAAUUAACGUAAUUAUUUGUUUUAUAUUUACGGUGUUAUAGGUAUUUAAGACAUUUUUUCUUAGAAUAUUUAAUUAUUACGAUGAGAUGUUAUAAUUGUUAGGCCCGGGCCGACGGCGGAGCGGCGUUUAUACUCCGCACCGCCAUCGGCCGUCUCAUUCACACUCACAUCCUCACUAUAAUUAUAUUUUCUUACCGACCUUUUUAAUGUAGGAGAAGCGCACACGGCCGCUUGUCCCCGUGCGAGUACGAGUACAAACAAACAUAUAGUGAGAAACGUUCGUUUCACGCGUUCGUGAGAAGCCAUCGGUUCGCCGCGAUAGCAUCGAGACGAUACACAAUGACAAUUAUUGUAUAUACAUAGUUAGCCGCAUGUGUAAAAAGACGUUUAGGUAAGCGCCACGGGACGCCACACGGGACAAGUCCCGCGCGACCGAUGUACCGUCCGUCAGCCGAACCGUCAAUUAAACGGUAUACAUCCGAUUAAGAGGGAUUCUAUCUGUACACUAGCAUUUUUAACGGCCUAGAAAAAGAGCAUGCGUCACAAGUUAUUAACUUAGUUAAUUAUUAUAAAUCCUUUUCUAUAAUGUUCAAUAUAUAGUUUCGUAAAAAUAAGUUUUGUAAAUUUGUUUUUUUCUUUUGGUUCAUUUCAAACGCAAUAAUACUAGAUCCUUAAAAGGCUAGUGUGAAUCGGUCCAAGGUUGGCGCUACUCUUAGUCAAUACCAACUGAUCGAUAUUAGAUUCAUUUGAGCUACAAUCAGGAUUAGCUUACGAUUGAUUAGUUUCAUUGUUGUUGUUAUGGUUUGUUGAUACGGUUUGUGAGUUGUUUCGUUAGUCACCCUUAGGGCACCUAGGCACGGGAUAUAUUGAACGGUUAGACGCUUGCUGUACAUUAUUUGCUAACUUCGUUUUGAACUACUUUUUAAUCGAGCCUAGCUAGAGUAAUGCCAAAAAUGAUAACGUUUCAAUUUUACUUUAUUCUUCUAGUUAAAUCUAAGUUUAACAUUUCGAGACCAAAUAAUAUGACCCGUGUCGUAAUGCCAAACCACCAUGACGAGUUGAGUGGGCGGCCACCGGACGAUUGCCAAGAGGUCGACGUCUGGUUGGUGUGGGUCGUAGAGUAAAUCGUAGUUCAGUUGUCAGAGAUGAGAAAGCAGAUAGCCAAAAAUUGACGAACUAAUUCAAAACAUACAUUUUUAGGUUUAUUAAAUCUAUUGUACUUAAACUGAAUGUUUUGAAGAAGUACAAUUUUGUUCGUACGCUUACGCAUCUCUCGCCACAGAAUCCAGCGCUCGAGUCGCGGUGUCUGCCCCCACCACGUCAUCGUCUUCUCUCGCUUGUUCGUAUUACGCGUUAGUUGAGAUACUUCAGUCACCAUUUUAGAGGAUUGCUCUAUAUCAGAAUAAAGACUACGUAAUGGUAAGCGAGAUCUCAAGUUUAUUUUAAAAAUUCGUUAAUUGUGAUCCUAAUAAUGCGACUUAUCGUAUGUAUAAUAAAAUUAAAAAGAUAAUUUAUUAUAUUUUGUAUAAUGACAUUCUACGUUAUUUUACACUCGAUCUACUUUAUAUUGUUAUUAAAGAUAAUAAUUAAUUUUAAUCUAAUAACGUGACAGACUGGUAAAGUUCGUAGAGUCGCUGUGGCGGCCAUAGAUCAGUAGCUUUGCAUAUUCGGCGAUGGCCAACUUAAUGUUUCAAGGACCAAAGGUAUACUUAUUCGCGUAGAACCGGACGCGCAUUGGCUCCGCACGAACCGACCCCAGCCGAUCGGUUGUUUCAUCGCAGCAUCAGAGCGUCAUGAGUAUAGCAUUGAGAACAGAGCGCGAGCGGCGCACGCGCCGAUGCCGCAUGCCAUACCGCCAUCAUAGCGCAGCGGGAUGCGGCAUCCACGCCCUGCCCCGCACGCCGCUCCCCCCCGGCACCCUGUCCCACCCCGCAACGCCGCCUGCUUGGUUUCGUUCUCGCGGUUACUUCUCGAUUGCGUGCUUCGCGUGCUGACUGAUUUUCUAUAGCAAUAAAAAAUCAAUUACCUAAGAUUUUACAUUAAAAUAAAUUUGGAGUUAUAUACGUUCGAAUUUGGUGUCAUGUACAUUUAAAAUAUUAGAGAAAGGAGAUAACGAUAGGCGAACGAACCGCGACGUCCAUCGCGGCUUCGGCGCAAUAUUUUCGUCAUUUCUUCGUGUAUAAUAAAUAUGUUACAAGAAUCUGUAUACAAUAUGGAUAUAAAUCGUAAUGAUGAAUAAAUUAGUUUUUACGGCAUCUCUUUAUUAAAAUAAUGAUAAUAUCAAACGUUUUGUAAAAAGCGGUGGGUAUGUCCGCCGCCCCGAUUCCGUGCACCAAUGCACUCUCUUAUUGAAAUAUUACAUUAUAUAACGUACAUAAUACUAUGAGAUAUAUAAUCAUACAGCCUUUCGGGGCGCGCGUGUAUGGCGAUGUAUGUAUACACAUUGUGCAAUGUACAUAUACCUAUUAUAAUACAAUGAUUUAAGACAAGGUUCACAUCGUGCCGUGUGUAUGUGGUAAUAAAUAUAAUAUGGACAUUGUUCAAACAAUAA